AUGAGAAGUUGGGCGAUUUUCGCGAGUUUGAUAGCUUUGAUAUCGGCUGAACAAGGACUUGAGUUUCCAGUUCAUGAUGGAAAAGAUAGAAUUAUCAAUUUGAGCAAAAAGAAUUUCGACCGAUUCACGAAGAAAUAUGAAAUCCUCGUUGUUUAUUUUUAUUCUCCUCCAAGCAAUUCUGCUGAAGAAACAAACUGGCAGUUGACUGAGCGAAUGCUUGAACUAUCCGCCCAGAUCGUUGAACGCGAAGGUGUCGGGAUUGGAGUUGUUGACUUGUCGAAAGAUAAGAAAUUGGCGAAGAAACUUCAGAUCUUUGAGAUCGGUGCGAUCUGGUGCUUUCAUCGAGGACAUGAAGUGGAAUUCAAUGGCCAGAGAUCUGCCGACGUUUUGGUCGAGUUUUUGCUCGAACUUGAUGAGUAUCCAGUCGAAGACAUUAAUAAUAAAAAGGAGCUUGAUGCUUUUCUUCGAGAUGACUCCGCAAAAGUCGUCAGCUACAUUGACACAAAGAAAUCUGUCGCCUAUGACGAGUUCGUCGACGCUGCCCUCGAUUUUGUCCCUCUCAUCUCUUUCUACACAGUUUCAAACAAGCAGCUCGCGAAGAGUUUGGGAAUGAAAACUGUCGGCGAAGUUCAAUUUUACGAGCCAUUUAUGAACAAAGGCAUUCCUAUGGAAGGAGAGCCACCACAUGACAACAUCGAUUUGGAAGCUUUUAUCGCUCGACACAAACGAGCAACUCUCCGACAACUCACCAAGCUGAACAUGUACGAAGUCUGGGAAGACGAAAUCAACGGUAUCCACAUCGUCGCUUUCUCCGAUGACGAAGAUCCAGAAGGCUACGAAUUCUCUCAAAACCUCAAGGCAGCUGCUCAAAUUCAUACCGACAAUGAGGAGCUUUCAAUCGUCUGGAUCGACCCUGAUGAAUUCCCACUGAUGCAUGAGUACUGGGAGCGAACUUUUGGAAUCGACCUCAAGGAGCCACAGAUUGGAAUCGUCAAUGUUACAGAUGCUGAUUCUGUCUGGAUGGAGAUGCGAAAUACACGAUGCCCAACUGUAGAAGAGCUGGAUAAGUGGAUCGUUGAUGUUCUCGAGGGUCGAAUCUCGACGGAAAAUGAUGACAAAGAUUUCGAUCUGAAUUAUUAUGAUGAAGAUGAUGACGAUGACGACGACGAUGAAGAUGACAACGAUGAUGAUGACGACGAUGAUGAUUCCGCGGAAGAUGAAGAUGAUGCCGAUGCCGACGACGAUGAUGAUGAUGAUGAUGACGAAAAAGAUGAGCUCUAG